CUGUUGUAACCCAAUCUCUUUGUUCAUAAUAAGGCAAAUGAUGAAUAUUUGCAAGGACCAGAGUCCCUUGGGCUGAAAUAUCUGCAUUAAUUCAGAAGACUUUGAUUCAUAGCACAAUCCAAUCAAGUUCUCUGAUGGACAGCCUGUUACCUGUCUAGAAAUGGGAAGAAUGGCUGUCUGCAUUGCCAAAUUAUUUAUAGAUGAAUAAAGUUAGUAGGCAUUAACAUCUUGUAUGUUAAUGAAUCUCUCUUGAAUCUCUCUAAACUGAAGCAAGGAUGAGCUUUCCAAUUUUCCUCACUGUGAUAUCCUCCAGUUACAUUGGGACUAUAACUCCUACUUGGAGAAGUUUAUUCUGGAUUAAUUAAGCUUUUGGUGGAUCUUUCUGAUUAAAUUUCAGGACUAUACAUUGAUAGUUCUUCAGAAAUAAUACUGUUUGCUAGAAUCCUAAAACACAUUGUUCUAUAUCUAAUAGAUGCUUUCUUCUUCAAAUGUAUUUAACUCUGUAUAACUGCUGGUGUAUGACAUCACAAUAUUGUUUUGGAAAAUGGUGUCACUUUAUUUAAUAUAAAUAAAUUAAAUGGGCUCAUUUAAUUUCCCAUUUGCUAAUGAUACAGUCUUGUUGAGGAAAACUCAAAUGCUAGAGAGGGAAUUAAUUAUAAGGCUUUUUUUUUUUUACAAAAUAUCAAAGCUGCCAUUUAAUCAUCGAGGACAUGCUUUCAAAGAAUGUUAAAAGUAAUUUGGCAAGGUUUAAACUGGCACAAAUGGCUAAUUCAUUGGAACUAUUUAUUGUAAACAAAACCUUGAGCAGUUGACAGUUUGGGAGACUUUCCUUCUGCUUUGGGUAAAAAUUAUCAAAGUUUGGUCUAAUAAACAAUGUUUCCCCCCCCAUCCAAAUAAUGAUCAUGUGCUACUGGCCUUAAAUUUAAAUUUUAAGCUUUCCACCUAGUUUUCUUUGUACUUAGGCCAUCUCUGAGUUUACCUCAUCAAGAGAAGAAGCACAUGAACCAAGCUACUACAGAAAAACAAUCUGUUCUAAAUAAUUACUAUUCUAUUUCAGGUCUCAUUCAGGAAACCACAUCCUGGCCUAAUUAUAACACAGCCAUUCUGAGGUUUCAGAAGUUUUUUUUAACCAAUAAAAAUAAAAUAGAUAGGCAUCAUAUCAAAGGCACAGAUUGAGAGCACGAUGUUUUGUUACUACAUGAUAUUUGUUGUUGGAACAGUGCUUGUGUGCCAAGAAAUACUCGCAAGUCGUAGCUGCUCAGUGGAAAACACGAUAGCUUUCUACAAUUUCUGCAAUCUCACGUGGGUGCCACCUGUGCCUGAAGAUGUUGUUAUUCUAUUCCUAAACUUCAAUUUCAUCCAAGAAGUUAAUGCAACCUCUUUCCCUCUGAGGGAAAAACUGAAGAUUUUAUUCCUUGGGACACAAAAACGCUUUCCCUUAACCAUAGGAAAAGAUGCUUUUAGGAACUUGCCAAACUUACAACAAUUGGAUUUGGGUGGCAACAAAGUGAUAGUGUUAGACCCUGAUGCUUUUGUGGGCUUGUCUAGAGUACGUAUUCUUCAACUGUAUCAAAAUAAUCUUGAUAGAUCCAUUCUGGAAGAGGAUUACCUCAGAGAUUUGAUUUCAUUGGAAUAUCUGGACCUCAAAUAUAAUGAAAUCACUCAUGUUCGCCCUCACAGUGUAUUUUAUAACAUGAAAUCCUUGGACAUUCUAGACUUGGAAUUAAACCCUAUUGCAUCUAUCUGUGAAGGGGAUCUUAAUAGUUUCCAAGAAGCAAGGUUCAAAAUCUUUAUUCUUCGUAGUACUAAUCUGUAUACAAGAUAUGUGAACUGGGCAACUUGUGGGAAUCCUUUAAAAAAUGUUAGCAUAGAAACACUGGAUGUUGGGGGUAAUGGCUGGGGUACAACUCUAACACAGAGAUUCUGUGCAGCUAUUAGAGGGUCCCCAUUGUUGGGUUUGAAUAUUUCCUUUCAUGGUUUGGGUGCAUCAUUUGGAUUUAAUAAUCUUCCCGAUCCUGAUAAUAAUACAUUUGCAGGUCUUAAUGACAGUGGCCUCAUCCUUCUUGAUAUAUCAAACGGCUGGAUUUUGUCUCUUCAACCACAAAUAUUUCAAUAUUUCCAUGAUUUGAAGCUGCUGAAUCUAAAUAAUAAUAAAAUAAAUAAAAUUUGGAACGGAGCAUUUCUUGGUCUUCAGAAUCUGCAGCAUCUAUACCUAUCAAACAAUCUGCUUGGUGAGCUCUUUAAGUACACUUUUGAAGGUCUUCCUAAUGUGAAUCAGAUAGAUCUAAGACAUAAUCACAUUGGAGUGAUUGAUAGAGAUCCAUUCAAAUCCUUACCAAAGCUUCAACACGUGGAUCUCAGGGAUAACGCUUUAAAAACAAUAGAUUCUCUCCCAAAUCUCAUCAAUGUUAUGUUAGGUGACAACCGGAUACAGACUACAUCUUAUUGGAAAGUACAAUUUAUAAAUGCCACACUCCUUGACUUGAAAGGAAACAGAUUGGGAAAUCUGGGUGAUCUUUAUGAACUUCUCCAAUUUCCAGGCCCGAAGUAUCUUGCUUUAAAAAAUAAUCGUUUAUCCUAUUGCUUCAAAUAUAAAGACAUAGCAAAAGACAAUCAGUUGAUUUACUUGGACCUUGGAGACAACAUGCUAAAGCUUAUAUGGGAGAGAGGUUUAUGCUUGGAUGUGUUCAAAGCACUUUCCCACCUGGAAAUUCUCUAUCUCAAUAACAACUACCUUACUUUCAUCCCAGAGGGUAUAUUUAGUGAGCUAAUGUCACUCAAGACACUAGACUUGUCUAACAACCUAUUGACUUCCAUUUCUCAAGAUGCCUUUCCUACAAACCUGAAAUUUCUUAAUUUGUCAUCAAAUCAGCUAUUUUACCCUGAUCCUCAGCUCUUUGCAACAUUAGACCAGCUGGAUAUCACCCAUAACACAUUUUACUGUAAUUGCCUAUUAAGCAACUUUAUUAUGUGGCUAAACCAAACCAAUGUUACUUUAGAUGGCUCACGCAACGACAUAUUUUGUUCUGGACCACCGGAGUUCGCUGACGUUCCUCUCCAUGUCUUAGAUACAGAGAACUGCAAUGAACACAAGCUCAUGGAGCCUCUACAGCUGUCACUCUUCAUUUUGACCUGUGUUAGCAUAACUGUGUUUCUAGUAGCGGUAGUUGUUUUUACUCGUUUUAGAGGAGUUUGUUUCCGCUGGUAUAAAACACUCACACAAUUCCUCAUGAAGGAGCUCCCACCAGAAGUGGAUCAACAGGGAUACAAGUAUGAUGCUUACCUUUGCUAUAGCAGUAAAGACUUUGAGUGGGUCCAAAGUUCCUUGAUAACACAUCUAGAUUCUCAGUUUUCUAAGAAGAACAGGUUUGCGCUCUGCUUUGAAGACAGAGACUUCUUGCCUGGGGAGGAUCAUAUCAGUAAUAUUCAUGAUGCUGUCUGGAACUGCAGGAAAACAAUUUGCGUGGUCACAAGACAGUUUCUCAAGGAUGGCUGGUGUGUGGAAGCCUUUAAUUUUGCCCAGAGCAGGUACUUCUCCGAUCUGGAGGAUAUUCUUAUAAUGGUGGUAGCUGGAUCUCUUUCUCAAUAUCAGCUUAUGAAAUAUCAACCAAUCAGGGCCUUUUUGCAAAGGGGGCAGUAUUUGAGAUGGCCAGAAGACCAUCAAGAUUUGGAGUGGUUUUUAAGCACACUGUCUCACCAAAUAAUGAAGGAAAAGAAAAUUAAGAAGUCCCCUGCGUUAGAAUUGAAGGUUGUAAGGGUUUCCUAAGAGGCGUGGUUCCUGGCCACCAUGCAAUGUCAUAAGAAGGCUGACUUUCCAGAUAAUGUAUCAGUUCAUUCUGAUAUCGUAGUGAGCCAUUCUUUCUGCCCAAUGAGCUAGGUGGAUCUGGUAUUGAUGCUUCUAGCAAAACUUGAAUUUAUUUUUUUCACUGUAAAAUGUCAGUUUACUUAUUAUAGCAUUAAAGCCAAGUUGUGGAAGCCAUACAGGUAGUCCUCAAUUUACAGUCACAAUUGACCCCAACAUUUAUGUUGUUAUGUGGGAAAUUUGUUAAGUGAGUUUUGCCCCAUUUUAUAACUUUUCUUGCCAAUUUGUUAAGUGAAUCACUGCAGUUGUUAACUUUUGUUAAGUGAUUCUGGUUUCCACACUGACUUGGCUUGACAGAAAGUCACAAAAGGG